CUUUCAGCUUGGAGCUCACAGACAAGGCAGCAUGUCCCUCCUGCCUCUGCAGUGCCUGGCCGUCCUGUCCUCUGCACUACAGCCACUGCAGCUGCAGCCGGCCCAGCACGUCGACACCGCCUCUUCUGCCCAAGUGCUCAGGUGAGUGAGCGCCGCUCUUCCACCACUGCUCACUGCUAGACCGUACAGGACGUUUCAGGAAUCGAAUUCUUUGGCCAUCUUUUUCGUUUUUGCCUGCAGCUAAUUUGAUGAUUCUAUUUAUAGACUCAUAAUUGUGUUUCUUGUAAGAAAGCAUGAGUGAGGAACUCCUGUCCCUCGUGCACAGAAGGCUGUCUGCAGACCUCCCAGACUGUUAACAAGGUUCGACUCAGUCUGAAGAGCGUUUUUACUUCUCUCUGAAAUCCCAGCUCUGACUCUGCAGCCUCAUGAUGGAAAACGUACUUGAGGAGACCGGUGGCAGACAGCCACUGUGUGAUGCUCUCAGUUAAGAGUUGAGCUGUUCAGAGACCCUUCAUCCAGCAGUUGGACAGGAUGACUGAGGGAAUGGAGGACCUCUCUGCAGGGCCAGUCCCCCCUCCCGGAUCGGCCUCCCCCACCGGCUCUACUGUUGAUACUGGACAAGUCCCUGAGGAGAAACCUGAGGAGACAGAGGCAGCUGGUGAGAGUGGGGAGGAGGGUGCUGAGGGAACUGCGGAGGGAGGUGGUGAUGGUGAUGGGGAGCAUUUGGGGGCUUUGGGAAUUGUGGCCUUGCCAGGGUCCUGCUGUGUGUGCAUAGAGGUGGAACAGAUUAACAAUUGCCUGCACUCUGAGAAAAUCUGCAUUCUGCCUAUCCUGGCCUGUCUGCUUAGCUUAGCCCUCUGCACAGCUGGUCUUAAAUGGGUCUUUGUGGAUAAGAUCUUUGAGUAUGAACCACCCACUCACUUGGAUCCUAAACCCAUUGGACAGGACCCAAUUAUAAUAUCCAUUGACCCCACGCUGGGACUAACUGUGUCGAUUCCUCAUUCAUCUCCGUCUACUGUCUCCCUGACCACCGCCAUCGCCAUUACCCCAGGACGUCCCGAGGUUGUAGUGGAAGAGAAAUCUACACGAGGGCCGUACGUGCCCCAGACGCCACGAGUGACUCAGUCUGAUUCCUCUUUUACACUCCAAUACAACGCAGAGCGUCCCACCAUCUCAAAGCAGACUCCCCACCCUCAGUCAACAGAGGAAUCCAACGACAUCAUCAUCCCCACGAUCUCUGCCACCAGCACCACCAGUACAGCCAAGACCUCCAGUCAUGUGACACGCUGCAGCGACAGCCAGAAGAACUACUGCGUUAAUGGAGGAGAGUGCUUCACCCUUGAAAUCAUGCCAGGCAGCACAAAGUUUCUCUGCAGGUGUCCAAAUGAAUUUACUGGUGAUCGCUGCCAAAACUAUGUAAUGGCCAGCUUUUACAAACAUCUGGGGAUUGAAUUUAUGGCUGAGGAGCUGUAUCAGAAACGUAUUUUAACAAUAUCAGGAAUCUGCAUUGCACUCCUAGUCGUUGGAAUCAUGUGUGUGGUUGCCUACUGCAAAACAAAGAAGCAGAGGAAGAAGCUCCAUGACCGUCUGAGGCAGAGCCUGAGGAAUAAGAGGAACCAUAGUACCAAAACUGGUACUGGCCCCAACCUGGCGAGCUCAGCCAGAGGACGUCAGAUUUCUAACUUGCCUCUUCAAGAUUUGCAGCUCAUCAAUCAAUGUAAUGGGAUUUCCCUGCAGCAUGCAGCUGAGAAGGAGACAGAGACCACCUUCUCCACAAGCAAAUAUGCCUUAUCUGCGCAUGAAGCCACAACACUCACACACGUCUCCAGCCAAAGGUUUGUAUCUGCUAUGACAACCCCAACUCAGCUGUCUCCAGUGUCCCAGACCUCUCCUGCGACUCCAGGGUCCCCUCCCUCAGAGAUGUCGGCCCCCCUGUCCAGCCUGGCCAUCUCCGUCCCCUCAGUGGCUCUGAGCCCCUCUGGGGAGGAGGAGCGCCCCCUGCUGUUGUCAAACAGGCGUCAGCCAAACAAGUCCUCGAACCGGGACGACCAGAAGAGGACCUCCGCCCACUACAACUACGGUCACGUGGCUCACAGCUUACCGCCCAGCCCACUGUUUACUACGAAGGAUGUCAACUACACAGGUAACCAUGACGACACAGCUGCCAGCCACGAGUUCUCAGCAUCACCUGAGCAGGUAAUCCACACAAACAACAACGUCAGUGACUGCAGCACCAAGAAGAGAGCAGCGGUCCCCAACGGUCACGUGCUGCGUCACGAGGAGCCCCUCCUCACCACAGACAGCACCGCGGCCCUGACGCUCAGGGCUCUGGACAGCAGCAGGACUAACCCAGCAGCACCACACCAUGACAUGCGAGUCAGGUCAUUCAGCUCCACCCAACAACAUCCAGUUGCUGUGUAAAGUCAAAGAAACGCUGAGAAUUCUUUAUGUUGAGGAGAAGAAGAAGUAAUCACUAUUAAACCUUUAUUUUCUAUAAAUGAUUUGCUGUGUAAAGACUUUUAAAGAUAAAUGAUGAAAAAUGAAACUUUUAUUUUAGUGACGUAGUGAAUAAAGAGUUUUAUAAAAAAAAAAGAAAAAAAAAUGUAUGUGUUCAUGUGUUGUAGGAAAAGUGCCAUACACUGGUAUGUAGCAGCGUGCAGAGAAAUAUCAACGGUGCCUUUCUGUUUGGUCUGCUUAAAGGAACUGCAGCAGUGCAUACUGGGCCGUAUACUCACCAUCCUAAUCCUCCAGUUAACAAUCAAAAAUAACUUGCUGGCUGCCUUUAACCUGCUCCGCCCUGCAGGUGGAAGUGACACCACAGUUUGGAAUAAGUCUUGUGCGUUCGAGGUGCAUGCUCCGCCCCUUGUUACCCGGUCACCUGCGAGCUGAUUGUGGGCUGAACUUUAACAUCUGGACUGAUGGUUAUGAGUGAAUGAUGAAUCAGCUGAUUACCUGCAUUUGAUGAGAGGUGGAGAAGAUGCUAGAGAUGAUAAUGUUUUUAUUGAUGACUGGACUACGACACCACAGACGACCUGGUCUCCUGCUGUUGUAGGAACAGGUGCAGUCAGUCGAGUCUUUAUUGUUACUAACACUCAGUUAUGAGCUUAACACAAACCCCAGAGAUUUUUUUAUUCUAUCUGCAUUUUGAAGUUUAUAGUUCGAAUGUUUAUGUGGACCUGCACUGGUUUAUGGGUCAGACUUAAUGCUGCAGAACUACAUUUCCCAUAAUGCUUGAAAAGUUUCAUUUCUGUCCGUGCUGGCAGGCGUCCACACCCUGACUCAGUUCAGGUGGUGAAGACCAGCAGUUCUCAUACAUCACCAGUGUGUUACUGGUUGUGUCUGCGGAGUGUGUGCUGAACUAAAGACUGAAUCAUUGGUUCGUUUGUGUAAAGACGUCAUGUGCUCCUGAUGCAUUCUGGGAUUAAAGAAGCUGAAUAUGAACCUGAUGGUAACCUGCUUUAAUUGGUUCAUUUAUCUGUACAGACAGUUAUUUUUGUCCUGACCGGACCUGUCACAGUUUCCAGAGACUGUGUGUACGCACUUAUCUUAUUUUUUCAACCACCACUGCUUGUGUUCACAUGUCCCGUCUCAUUGUGUGUGUGAUUUUAAAAACAGACUUGUGUACUAACAUGAACAGAGUUUAUAAAACCUGCCAAAGACUGUCACCUCCUCCAGAAUAAACAGAUCUAUGAAGAGUAAAUAACCAUUACUGGGCUCUGUAAUCAGCCAUAGUUUCUUAUGUAUGUAUGUAGACUCAGCAUAUGAAGACAAAGACCUGCUGCCCCAUGAACACUGUUUAAAUGGUGGCCAUACUUCUGUAUUUUAUAUUUACACUAAGAUUAUUUCUUAUUUAUUUGGUAAUUCCUGCUAAUCACAGGCAUUCAUUACUAUGACAGUAUAUGAUAUACACAUUUAUAUUUUAACAAACAUGAUUUAAAAUGUCAGAUAUAUGUAGCCAUCUGUUCCACAUGGUCAUUAGUGAUAAAAAAAAAAAAAAAACGACUUUUAAGUGUCAUAUUUUGUCACUUGUAUGCGUAACAUUACCCACGAUGCAUUGCUUUUAGGUCUAGGAGUGUCUUCAGAUGAUGUAAAUACACCAUGAAAACCUUCAGCGCUGUUGUUUCUUAUUAAACAUUAAAUCAUUUCUGUGCUUUGUGA